AUGCCAAGAAAUGCAGAAGUUCAUAUAUGGCACGGGAAAUACCCUGUUGCAGGAAUAUGCAAAAAUAGAAAACACCGAUUGGUGGGACUUCAAGAGGGACAUACUACUUAUCUCCACGAUUUGAGUGACUUUUAUGAAAUCACCGAAAUAAAAGUUAAUGAAGAGGUUGUUCAUCACUGCAAAGUUACUGAUUUUCAGUUUGGAGGUGAUGGGGAGCUGGAUCCUCUAUGCAAACUAAUUGUAGAUAAAGUCAAUACUGCAUAUUAA